UGUUACCCAGGAACACUGGUGUAGCAACAAGUGAAUGCUAUGACUCUGUUGUUUCACAAGAACAUGUAAAAACAUCCAGAGUGUAGAAAAAGUUCUUUUGUUUGGAGUCUAUCUCUUAGUUUCCCAACACAACUCUUGGCUAUGACAGCUGGGGAAUCCCAGGUGUUAUAGACUUAAAUAAUCUUUUAGUCCUGAUUCGAAUAGACCCAUCGGAUCCAUUACAUUUUAUGUGUUGAUUCACCAUUCAGUAAUUGAAUAAGUGGGUUUAAACUAACUGGGAAUAACCAACAAGAUAUGAGCUAUAGAGUAAUAGUUAAGCAUAUUUGCUUUGUUCAGCCCUUUAUGUAUUCCCAACUAUAGCUGAAUCAGUUUCAAAGAUCUUUGGGAAUGCUUUGACUAAGACUUCCUGCAUGGCAGGGGGUUGGACUGGAUGGCCCUUGUGGUCUCUUCCAACUCUAUGAUUCUAUGAUUCAAUUGUUGAAUGGUGAGUCAACAUGUACAUAAAUCUCAUUGAUUCAAUAGGUCUCCUCUAGUUAGGAACACCAAUAGAAUCCAAGUCCUCCUCCCUCCAAAUAACCUUUCCAGUCUUUGGGCUCUAUUCACAUAUGCUUUAGCCUAUUAAUUAUACUUCCUUGUCUGUUCUUUGUCAAAUUUUAGUAGGUCUACUAUGCCAGCAUUGGAAAUGUCACCCUUGGAAGGCCUGAGGAUGAUCACAGCAACGGAAGCCUUCAUUGCCACGGCUGUUUUCUUGUUGCUCUUCAUGAUGGUCAAGUCCUUCCGGAAUCGGAUCCCUGAGGGCCUGAAGAAGAUCCCUGGGCCGAUGGGUUACCCAGUGAUUGGCAACAUGUUGGAGUUGGGGAAGAAUCCUCACCUGAGUCUGACAAAGAUGAGAAAGAAAUACGGAGAUGUGAUGAUGAUACAUAUCGGCACCACCCCCGUGUUGGUGCUGAGUGGGUUGGAAACCUUACGCCAGGCCUUGAUACGGCAAGGAACUGAGUUCAUGGGACGUCCGGACCUUUACAGCUUCCAUUACAUAGUCAAUGGGCAGAGCCUGACUUUUGGCUAUGAUUCGGGGGAAGUGUGGCGAGUCCGGAGGAAAAUGGCCCAGAAUGCCUUGAAGACCUUUGCUGCCUCUCCCAGCCCUGUGUCCUCUUCCACUUACCUCCUAGAAGAGUAUGUAUCCAAAGAGACUAACUAUUUGAUCAAGAAGUUACAAGAGGUGAUGCUGGAGAAGAAGUCAUUAGAUCCCUUUCGGUACAUCGUCGUCUCUGUGGCCAAUGUGAUGUGUGGCAUGUGUUUCGGCAAGCGCUACAGCCACGACAGUGAGGAACUUCUCAGCAUUGUGAAUGAGAGUGAAAAGUUUGUGGAAGGGGCAGCCAGUGGAAACAUUGUGGAUUUCAUCCCACUGCUUCAAUAUCUUCCAAUCAACAACAUGAAGGUGUUUAUAGAAUUCAAUCAAAGGUUUGACGCUUUCCUGCUUAAGCGUGUCAAAGAACAUUAUGAGAGUUUCAGCAAGGUAAGGAGCUCAAGAAUAAGAAAGGCCUCUCCCUAUAUCAGGGUGGGCAAAAUACCAGGCAUGCCUUAGGAUGGGGUGGGCAAUUGUGGUGUGUCUGGUGUCCAAUAUUUCUACCCUGGAGCUCUCCAAAGGCCCUUCGAACUGCCAAAGAUGUGAAAAUAAAAAACAGCAUAGUAGCGAGAAGUCAGUUUCUAGGUUUGA